UUCUAGUCUGAUAAGAGAUAAAACAUUAUAUAAACAAACGCUGGGACAAAACUGUAUUCAAUUUCACUAUUAUAAUAUAAGAAUUUCUAGAAAAUGUGCAAGAAUAUCAAAACAUGUGUGUUCUUGGCUUCAUUAGUACUAGUUUUCACUGUUUUUCAUUCCUUUAAAUCGACAGAUUUGCAAGUGGAUAAUACAAACUUAGUUGCAGUUGCUGUGAUACAGCGCCAUGGAGAUAGGGCACCUUCGAUAUCAUAUCCACUGGACGAAAACUUUAACACGAAUUUCUGGCAUAUGGGUUUUGGACAACUUACAAAGACGGGAAUAAAACGAAUGUACGGGCUUGGCCAAUGGUACCGUCAAAGAUACACAAAUUUCCUUAGUGAAAGCUACUCAAAAGAUGAGAUUUACAUCCAUUCUUCCAAUAUUGAUCGCUGCUUAAUGUCAAUAACCACACUUCUAGCGGGUCUAUAUCCUCCCAAAGGAUAUCAGUUGUGGAAUGAAAAACUAGUAUGGCAACCCAUUCCCGUCCAUACUGAAAGUAUCCACGUUGACCAGAUCAUUACCGAAAAUAGAGAAUGCAAGAAAUUUGAUCAAAUUUCAGCCGAAUAUCAACAAACAGAGAUAUUACCUCUUGAAAAAAAUUACACAGAACUUCUCGAGUCGAUUUCCAGAAAAACAGGAUGGUCCUCAACAACUUUUGCUGAAGUAGCAACACUAUAUAAUGAAGUUCUAGCUGCUUAUAACUCUUUUAAUCCUUCGGCUUUACCAGACUGGUUAAGCGAACUCGACAUGAAGGCGAUGGAAUACAUUUCAGUUUUGCUGUAUGGUGGUUCUAUUGCUGGCACUUCAGACAUGAUAAGGUUACGUAUUGGUUGCCUCUACCAAUACCUCUUCCAGUACUUUGACAGUUUCUCAGAUUCAUCAUUAACUCAUAGACCUAAGUUUCUUUUGAUAAGCGCACAUGACCUAACUGUCUUACCACUACUAAAAUCAAUGGAGGCGUUUAAAAAACUCGUCAAAUUUGGAGAAGCUGUCAUUUAUGAACUCAGGCGACACACCGAUGGAAGUUUCUACAUUAACGUAUUUCAUAGAACACAAGAUGAUUUGGAGCAGUUGGAUAUUUUAGAAUGUGGCUUUAAUUGUAAUUAUUCUGAAUAUACGAAAUUAUUUGAGAAAUUUUGUCUAGAUCCUAAGGAUUGGGAAAUUGAAUGUAACAGUUAAAAAUAUUAUAUUGUGUAUAAAGAAAAACAUUUUGUCGGUUAAAA